UUUGGGGCAAUCUUAUUUCAUCGUUGGUAUUAAGCCAAAGGUCUCAAAACGAAACUGAAAUUCCUGAUGAAGUUUUUAGCAGAUGUGGUGCCACCUAUUGUACAGGGGACGAAAAUAUUGGAAAUUUUUCGAAUCCAGGAUUGGAUAAACCAUCGGAAGAGAAGCUCCUGAUAUUGUGCGGCACAUACUUUGCCUGUGGCUUGAUCGCCGUGGGAGCUGUCGCCAUAUUCCUGGAUGAUCUUCAUCGUCAAAAAUCAGCAAAAUCCCAGCCGAAGAAGAGAUUCUCUAGUGCCCUAUUUGUUGCAACUUUUAACCACAUGCGGGAACCCAAGCAGUUGCUACUGAUACCGAUAACCAUGAACUGUUCCAUGCAAGAAGGGUUUUUCUUCAGCGAUUUCACAAAGUCAUUCGUGAGCUGCAGUUAUGGACUCUGGAACGUGGGGUACGUCACUAUGACGUAUGGUGUGACCACCUCUCUAAUCUCUAUUGUAAUUGGACGACUGGCGAAACGAGUGGGGCGGGCGGUUUUCUUCACAUUAGCAAUGCUUUUGCAUUAUGGGUUGCUUUUCACAUUACUGUUCUGGCAACCCACACCGGAUGGAUUGCUGAUUCUUUAUGUUUUGGCGGGACUAUGGGGUGCCGCCGUAGCCAUCUGGACAACAGAGAUCAACGUAUUAUACGGAGUUCUUUUCCAUGACAGUCAAGAGGCGGCCUUCUCAAAUUACAGACUCUGGAGAGCAAUCGGGUUCAUUUUGGCUUAUAACUUCAGCGUUAAGUUGUGUGUGUUUAUAAAAUUAUAUAUCUUGAUGGGGACCCUGGCGCUGUCCAUGCUGGGCUAUUUGACAGUGGAAUUUAUGGAAAGAAAAUACUUUGGAAACGCACAAAACUGUUGAAGCUGCCCUUGACAUGCUUGGCUCCAAUCUAAGGCUUUAGGUGGUU